GUUCUGGUACCCCACCUCACUCAAACUGACUUUCGUUUUUUUCGUUGGCGUCGCUUGAGGUUCUGGUGUUGCUCUUCCUGGAUAUUUUCGAAAAUCUGCCUGUGUCUUUUCUAGUAUAGCUACUGGACGCGUAUUUAUUUCAAACGGAUUUUCAUGAACGGUUUUUCGGUUUAAUGGGUGAUUCAAAUGCUUUGAAUUCUCCAUACAGCCGACUUUACAGCAUCCUAAAAGCUGGUCUUUCCAACACAAAUGGAAGUGCUAAUAAAGAAGAUAUUUUGGAACCCGAACCUUUGAGAAAGAGACCGAAGGAAGAGUCAGAAUCUGUGGAUGAUCAACACUGGCGCUGUUGGCAAUGUCCAUAUGUCGCUGGUAGUGAACAUGAUCUGGCAGAGCAUAUAAGAGACUGUAAACCUGCGAGUAACGCUGCAGUACUCCCUGGUUGUCCUUACUGUGAGCUGGAUGGCUGCCAGUCAAGUACUUCCCCGUUUGAACCAGAGGCGUUCACUCUUCACAUGGAAGGGGCUCACCAGGAUGUCUCAUGUCUGUUUUGUUGCUACUGCCUGGCUUAUACGGGAUCUCCGCGGUUGGAGGAUUUGAUCAAGCACAUCGCGUCGGAGCACAAGAUGCACUGGUGCCCAUCACCAGCGUCUAUGGCUUACUUGAGGCGCACCCAACUCCCACAUCGCGUAGUCACUUGUCUGGGAUGCGGUUGGUGUGCCUUUGUUCUGCGUGCAAACAAUUCCGCCCAGCCUCCUGUUUCGUUGGAAUUACACCUUCAGCACUGCCCUUCUACCGGUGGUCGAGUACAUCUGGAGAAUAUAACACAUGAAAUGUCUGCUUCGGUGGCCACCCAAAAACAACUUGUCUCAGAAGCGGAAAAAAUUGACAGAUUGUUUUCCGAGACGUAUCCCCUCGUGCGUACCGCUCCCGCUGGAACAGCUAAGAGCCCCGUUAAGGAAACUCAUCUUCACUACAGGACAAAGUUCGUAGGCCGAAAACAGGAAACAACUUUUCAAGCAUGUAUACUUCCAAGUAAACCAUCGAGCCAGAUUUCAACUCCUAGCAAAUCAAAAGGAAAUAAACAACGGCCGAAUUCCCUUGAUACGACUCCGCCGCAACCUUUGAAUGGGCACACGACCAAUAAAGGUCCUUCGUUUGACGUUCCUUUAACGCUUCCUCCGUUACCCUCCGUGUUAGCCAAAUCUGGAGCCAAAUCGUCGGCGCCGACACUUUUAUACGUUUGUCCUUUGUGUGGUGAUAAUGCGCUGGCUAGUCUUCGUGAACGCGAUGAGCACUUGCAAUCUUCUCACAAUGGUGAAUUGGUAUUCCCCUGUCAGAUUUGUGGUUUGGCCUACCCACUCUAUAUUGCUCUACGACGACACGCAGCUUUAAAACAUGACUCCAACUACGAUUUGGUUCGCUAUGGACCACCAGAACUAGUUGAAACGGAACCGAUCGAAUGCCCGGAAUGUCAUCUGGUGGCCUUUACUGACCGGAACGUACUGAAACUUCACCUUUACGAAAUGCACAAAAUACUCCCGGACCGGGCAAAGUCUUUAAUUCGAACAAGUUUGAGGAAGGCACAGACCGCUGCCCUAGCGCGUGAUGGUGGAGCUGGCCGUCGGGGUGGCCGAGGUGGAAAGCGUGACCCGAAGGGAUCUGCGAGGGACAGAACCAUGGCUAAUCGUGGAGAGAAGCCGAAUUCCAAAUCGGUCUCUCUCAGUCGGUUGGAACGGUUAUUGGGUGAUGUUUCUGGUGACCCAGCUCCCUCUACUUGUCGCCUUUGUAGGACACCUUUAGAUAACGCCAAGGAAUUCCGUCUACACAUGGAGCUCGAUCACGUUGAUGUGGAAGAGGAAUGUGAGCAAUUGGGCUGUCAGGCUUGUGGGCGAAUUUUCUUCGGAUCUGGAGGCCGGAUUGACUUGAUAGGUCACCUGCGUGUUUUACAUCAAGAUACUGAUCAAUCUUCUGCUCUGUCUUGUCCUCAGGCGGAGCAAAAAUCAAUGGAAAAAGUUACAGAAGAUGGUAAAACAGUGCACGUGAAACCAUGUGAAGCAUUAUUUUCCUCCCCAAGACUACGGCACAUUCAUUCGAACACAUGUGCCACGAAAAAUCCCGGAUUCGCCUGCCCUCUGUCAAUCGAACUGCCGGAUGCAGAAAACAUGGACGUUGCAGACUUGUCAGAGCAAAUACGGGCUGCUAUCAUGGAAACGGAAUGCGCUGCUGACAGAGAAGGCCUGAUGAUCUUGGCAUAUUGUUGUCCGAAUUGCUCACGACUGUUUGCAGGUCAUGAGGCACCAACCAGGUACGCUUCUCAUCGUCAGAUGUGCCAGGCCGAUGCAACCACUGUCGAGAAGCCGCAGAGCGCUACAGAACCGAAACCGGCUGGGGCGACAACAGUCCUGGAGUCCAUGUUACGCCAGGGUUCUGAUAUCCGGAUCAACUGAGUGUUCGUGGCAACCCUUAUCCGUUUCUUUAUCCAGCAAUGCUCCCAUCCCCGCACAAAAUCUGCAUUUCGGUAUUUCACUCGAUCAUUUCCACUCGGCCUACGUUCUCCCAUGAACCCACGAGCUACUCUCAAUUAAUUGUACUGUUUUCUUCCGCUUCGUUCAUACCCUCCUUUGUACUAUUCAUGGUCACUGUACUUUGUCUCCUUAAUCCCGAU